ACAAUGGAAGAAACGGCUAUAUGGGAACAACACACAGUGACUCUUCACAGGGCCCCUGGAUUUGGGUUUGGUAUUGCAAUAUCUGGAGGAAGAGAUAAUCCUCACUUCCAGAGUGGUGAGACAUCAAUAGUUAUUUCUGAUGUACUGAAAGGAGGCCCAGCAGAAGGACUGCUACAAGAAAAUGACCGUGUUGCAAUGGUUAACGGAGUUUCGAUGGAUAAUGUUGAGCAUGCGUUUGCUGUUCAGCAGCUGCGGAAAAGUGGGAAGAAUGCCAAAAUUACUAUCCGAAGGAUGAAGAAAAUUCAGAUUCCAGUGUCUCGACCGGAACCUGAACCUGUGUCUGAAAAUGAGGAUGAUAGCUAUGAUGAAGAGAUACGUGAUCCAAGAAGCAGCCGUGGUGGUCCAAGUGCCAACAGGAGGCAUGAGAAGAGCUGGGUAAGAGAUCGAAGUGCUAGCAGAGAGAGAAGCUUAUCACCGAGGUCAGAUAGAAGAUCAGUUACUUCCACUCAGCCUGCAAAACCUACCAAAGUAACACUGGUGAAAUCGAGGAAAAAUGAAGAGUAUGGCCUACGGCUGGCAAGCCACAUAUUUGUGAAAGAAAUAUCACAGGACAGCCUGGCAGCGAGAGAUGGCAACAUUCAGGAAGGCGAUGUUGUGCUGAAGAUAAAUGGCACAGUGACAGAAAAUAUGUCCUUAGCAGAUGCAAAAACACUAAUAGAAAGGUCAAAAGGCAAGUUGAAGAUGGUUGUUCAGCGAGAUGAACGAGCUACACUGCUGAAUGUUCCUGAUCUUUCUGACAGUAUUCAUUCUGCUAAUGCUUCAGAAAGAGAUGACAUUUCAGAAAUUCAGUCGCUGGCAUCAGAUCAUUCCAACCGAUCACAUGACAGGCCCCGCCGCAGUCGUUCACGAUCUCCUGACCAGAGGUCAGAGCCUUCAGACCAUUCCAGACAUUCUCCACAGCAGCCCAGCAACGGCAGUCUUCGAAGCAGAGAAGAUGAGAAGACAACUAAACCAGGAGCUGUCUCUACACCUGUAAAGAAUGGAGAUGAUAUUUCUAAAACUAUGGAAGAAGUGGCAGUCGAAAGAACUGAAAAACAAACUCCACCACUCCCAGAACCAAAGCCAGUGUAUGCACAAGGAGGUAGCCAGAUGUGGAUUUACCAGUCAGUCCAUCUGAUGGUCCUUUACCUAAUUCAUCCCAUGAAGAUGGGUAUCUCUAGGCCAAGCAUGAAACUGGUAAAAUUCAGAAAAGGAGAUAGUGUGGGCUUACGACUAGCAGGUGGCAAUGAUGUUGGUAUAUUUGUAGCUGGUGUUCUGGAAGACAGCCCUGCAGCAAAAGAGGGAUUAGAGGAAGGGGACCAGAUUCUCAGGGUAAACAACGUCGAUUUCACAAAUAUCAUCAGAGAAGAAGCUGUCCUUUUUUUACUUGAUCUUCCUAAAGGCGAAGAAGUAACCAUUUUGGCACAGAAGAAAAAAGAUGUUUAUCGCCGCAUUGUUGAGUCUGAUGUAGGGGAUUCGUUCUAUAUAAGAACUCAUUUUGAAUAUGAAAAGGAAUCUCCUUAUGGGCUAAGUUUCAACAAAGGUGAAGUGUUCAGAGUAGUGGACACUCUGUACAAUGGCAAACUGGGUUCAUGGCUGGCGAUUCGAAUUGGCAAGAAUCAUAAGGAAGUUGAAAGAGGUAUCAUACCUAACAAAAACAGAGCUGAGCAACUAGCUAGCGUACAGUACACGCUUCCAAAGACAGCAGGAGGAGAUCGAGCAGAUUUUUGGAGAUUCCGAGGUUUGCGUAGCUCAAAAAGAAAUCUCCGAAAAAGCAGAGAAGACCUUUCUGCCCAGCCUGUUCAGACAAAGUUUCCUGCCUAUGAAAGAGUUGUUCUUCGGGAAGCUGGAUUUCUCAGACCUGUAACCAUUUUUGGUCCAAUAGCUGAUGUUGCAAGGGAGAAACUUGCCAGAGAAGAACCAGAUAUCUUUCAAAUUGCAAAAAGUGAACCAAGAGAUGCUGGUACUGACCAACGUAGUUCUGGCAUUAUUCGUCUUCACACUAUUAAACAGAUAAUUGAUAGAGACAAACAUGCUUUAUUAGAUGUCACUCCAAAUGCGGUAGACCGUCUGAAUUAUGCCCAGUGGUAUCCUAUUGUAGUGUUCCUAAACCCUGAUUCUAAGCAGGGUGUAAAGACUAUGAGAAUGAGGUUGUGCCCAGAAUCACGAAAAAGUGCCAGAAAGCUGUAUGAAAGAGCUCACAAGCUACGCAAAAAUAAUCACCAUCUCUUUACAACUACCAUUAACUUGAAUUCAAUGAAUGAAGGCUGGUAUGGAGCUCUAAAGGAAGCAAUUCAGCAACAACAGAAUCAACUAGUGUGGGUUUCAGAAGGAAAGGCAGAUGGUGCUACGAGUGAUGACCUUGAUUUACAUGAUGACCGCCUUUCUUACCUCUCAGCUCCUGGUAGUGAAUAUUCUAUGUACAGCACAGAUAGUAGACACACAUCUGAUUAUGAAGAUACAGAUACAGAAGGAGGUGCUUAUACUGAUCAAGAACUGGAUGAAACGCUGAACGAUGAGGUUGGAACUCCUCCUGAAUCUGCCAUUACACGUUCUUCUGAACCUGUUAGAGAGGAUUCUUCUGGAAUGCAUCAUGAAACUCAGACUUACAGUACUUACGCAUCUCAAGCUCUGGCACAGCCAAAUCUCAGAAUAGAUUCUUCAGGAUUUAAAACUACUUCUCAGCCGAAAGCAGAAGCCUCACCUGCAGUCCCUUACAUUUCCCCGUCGCCUGAACCAAACCCUGCAACCUCAUCAACCUCUGCUGUAAAUGCUAAUGUAAACCUAAGUCAUGUCAGACUGGAGGAGCCUACUGCUGCUCCUUACAACUCUUACCAACCACAAGCGGGCCCCUUAAGAACAUCAAGUACUGAGGGAGCUCAUAUAGUCCUAAGAGAUCAAGAGCCAUCAUCCUUAUCGCCGCAUAUAGAUCCAGCAAAGGUGUACCGAAAGGAUCCAUAUAGUAAUGAGGAGGUGUCCCGACAAAGCUAUGUCUUAAAACAGCCAGCAAUUAAUCAUCCAGUACAGAGACAGGAAAGAGACCCAAAUCUGAUUUACGAAUCCCAGACUCAGUAUGCUGAGAAACAACCUAGUAGGGACUACGAACAGUCAACAUACAGAUACGAUUCUGCAAACUAUGCAGAUCAAUUUUCUCGUGGCUAUGACCCUCGCCUACAUUAUGAUGACCGUGUGCCUCCCUAUGAGGAGCACUGGGCAUAUUAUGAUGAAAAACAGACCUACAACCAAACAAGAACAGCUUAUGACAACCAGCCUCCUAGAGAUCUUGAUUCCAGACAAAAUAUGGAAGAGAGCACAGAACGCAGCUAUUACCCAGCACAACCUCGUUUUGAGGAACCUCCUCCAAUGAGCUAUGAUGGCAGGCCUCGCUAUGAGCAUGCACCCAAAAACUUCAGCUUACCACAAGUGCGCUACGAAGAACAGCAUACUGUUGCGUAUGACACGCAUGGUAGAUACAAACAAGAAGCUCAGCCGUACCAGUCAGCCAUAUCUCGAUCUCCUGAACCAAAGCAGUACUUUGAUCCACAUGUAAGGGGCUAUGAACAAGGUCCUUCUCAAGCUUAUAAUGCUAAAGCUGGACAAUAUGAGCCUUCUCAUAGCACUUCAGGUGUUUCUCUUCCUGCUCCCCCUUCAUCACAAACCAAACCAGAAGUUUUGCCUUCUAACAGUAAACCACUGCCCACACCUCCAUCUCUAGCAGAGGAAGAAGAAGAUCCAGCCAUGAAGCCACAGUCUGUGCGAAGUAGAGUUAAGAUAUUUGAAAGAAGAAGAUCACCAUCUUUGGAAAAAAUUAAGGACCCAAGUGAUACAUCGGCUAUCAAGCCUCCAGAACUAGCACCUAAGCCUACACUCACAUCUGUGAGUGGUCCGAAACCAACUUCUCAAAACCAGUAUGAACACGACAAAACACCUUACAGGGCCCCAGAACCACAGAGACCUCAAGUGAAGCCUCCUGAAGAUAUUGUGCGUUCAAAUCAUUAUGAUCCUGAAGAAGAUGAAGAGUAUUACCGAAAGCAGCUCUCAUACUUUGAUCGCAGGAGUUUUGAAAACAAGCCAUCUGCACAAGUUCCUACAAGCCAUCAUUCUGAGCCCACUAAACCAAUACAUUCGCAGAAUCAGCUGAACUUCACCAGUUACUCUAAGGGGAAACCAGCUGAUACUGAAUCUAUGGAUAGGCCUGUUGGUGAGAAACGCUAUGAGCCAAUCCCUCAAGUUACAACUCCUCCUCCAGCUCCUUCAGUCCAGUAUACACAACCUCAGUCCAUUAAUAGUCCUGUCAUGUCGCUCCCAGCACAUCACAAGCCUGCACUUUCUGAAGGUGAGCAUAUUUCAGUAACAUUCCAGAACAUACUUAACUCUGUAUCUGACCCUCCUCCACCUCAGAAUAAGCCAGCAAUUUUCAGAUCCUCUAGAGAGGACACUGUGCAGUCCACUUUUUAUCCUCAGAAGAGCUUCCCUGACAAAGGCCCAGUGAAUGGAACUGAACAGAUUCAGAAAACCGUCACUCCUUCCUACAACCGUUUUACAACAAAACCGUAUACUAGUGCUGCCAGGCCCUUCGAGCGCAAGUUUGAAAGUCCUAAAUUCAACCAUAAUCUCUUGCCAAAUGAAGCUCAGCAUAAACCAGAGUUGCCAUCAAAAUCUCCAAAUUCUCCUCAACCAGUUUUGAAAGCACACAGCUCAUCGCAGCCUGCUGAGUUUGAUAGUGGAAUGGAUACCUUUGCUGUACAGGUCGACAAGCCUAAAUAUCAACCAAAUAAUGUUAAUGCUGUGCCUAAAGCCAUUCCUGUAAGCCCUUCAGCACUUGAAGAUGAGGAGGAAGAAGAUGGACACACUGUUGUGGCCACAGCAAGAGGUGUAUUUAACAGCAAUGGUGGUGUGCUGAGCUCCAUAGAGACUGGAGUUAGUAUUAUUAUACCACAAGGAGCUAUUCCAGAGGGAAUAGAGCAGGAAAUAUAUUUCAAAGUCUGCAGAGACAACAGUAUACUCCCACCUUUGGACAAAGAGAAAGGUGAAACACUUCUUAGCCCCUUGGUAAUGUGUGGGCCUCAUGGACUAAAAUUCCUGAAGCCAGUGGAGCUGCGCCUGCCACAUUGUGACCCCAAAACCUGGCAGAACAAGUCUCUUCCUGGGGAUCCAAACUAUCUUGUUGGAGCAAACUGUGUCUCAGUCCUAAUUGACCACUUCUAAAUAUUAAGUUAGCUGAGUAAAUAAUGUGAAACUGAGAUGGACCUUACAUAUAAACUGAACCACUCUAUCAAGUAUUAACUGUUCUAUAAGUGAUAA